AUGUAUCCGUCCUCUUCGUCUUCUUCUUCUUCUUCUUCUUCUUCCAAUUCCACCCCGUUCACGUACGGCUACUACGACGAGAACGGAGUGCUGCACCGGCACGAGAUGCACUUUGACGCGUGCCACGGCAAUCCGUCGCCAGUCGCCGUCACUCCCCCGCCGCCCUCCUUCCAUCCCGAUCCCUCCGCCACCACCACCACUUUCCACGACGACUUCGGACAGUACUUUGGUGAGUUCCGCUUCCCCUCCGUCUAUCCCAUUCCGUCCCGUUACAGUGCCUUCCUACUUGCAUCCUUCCGAUUCUGCUGCUGCUGCUGCUCUUUACUCCGUCCCCAAUCAUCCAAUGUUCGGCAGUUUCGACCCGUCCCUCCACGCCUACCAACCCUACUUUCCGCACGAAAACGAGGAGAAUAAACCGAAGAAGGCGACCGUGAGAAAGGUAAUUUCCCUUCUUCUUCUUCUUCUUCUUCUCGCUCUUCUCAUCCUCCGCUUCCAGUCGUCCGUCUUCCAUCAGAACUCUGUGUGCUCCAAUCCCAACUGCCGAACUCGCGAGACCACUCUCUGGCGGCGUACCGAUUCGGGAGCCGUCGAGUGCAAGUAAGUUUCUCUUUCCAUCUUCUUCCAAUCGUUCUUCUUCUUCUUCUUCUUCAGCGGAUGCUCCCUCUACUUCCGCAAGAACCGAGUUCAACGUCCCGCCGAUCUGUGCAAAAAGGCGAUUCUCAAGCGGAACCGACGUCCACGUGUCGCCUCCACCCCAGACGCGAUGCCACUGAACACUCUCCCACAUUGA